UCACAGAGGAAGCCCCGCUGGCGCUGGGAGCGCAGAGCUGACAGCAGCUGCUGGGAAUGCUGCGGGAACUCCAUUACCUGAGCAACAGAGAGGAGGAAGAAGAAGAGAGGAGGAAGAGGAAUGCUGCUGCUUCCAGGACAAAAUGCAGUUUUUCCUCUGUGGUGUCAGCGCACCUCAGCACAGCGCCACCGCCACAGCGCCCCCUGCAGGCGGACCACGGGAACAGGCAGGAAGUGGAAACCGGCGCGUUUGUUGACUGCACUGUUGGACGACAACAAUAUGUCAUUUCGCUGAAUUAAAGUCUGUACAAUUCAUGGCACAAUGCAGUGACAGAGGGGGGAGAGGAGGAAGGAGAGGAAAUCGUGGUGGAGAGGACAGAGAUGUCCGCCUGUCUAAAUCCAUGUCUUAUGCACUUCGCCAUGGAGCCAACCAGAUGGGUCUUGACAUGGGUACAGAUGGUUUCCUGUUUGUGGAGGAACUUCUGGCUCACCCGCAGUUCCACUCAUAUUCACUGGAAGACGUGAAGAGAGUCGUGGCCACAAAUGACAAGCAGCGCUUUAAGCUUCGCACCCACCCGGAGGAUGGCCGCCUGCAAAUUCGAGCCAGUCAGGGCCACUCAGUACAGGUAACAGAUUUGGGGCUGAAACCGGUCGUGGCUGGUUCUCCAGACUGCCCUGCUGUGGCCGUUCAUGGCUCCUACCUCCGCAACUGGAGCUCCAUCCAGCAGCAGGGCUUGAACCGCAUGAAGAGGACACACAUCCACCUGGCACCAGGCCUGCUAGGGGAGGAUGGCGUCAUCAGUGGCAUGAGGAAAGACUGUGAUCUAGCUGUGUAUAUCGAUGUCCCCAAAGCUCUCGCUGAUGGUAUUGAGUUCUUCUGGUCAGAAAAUGGUGUGUUGCUGACUGCAGGCAACGCAGAAGGAAAACUUCUCCCUAAAUACUUCAGCCGAGCCUUAAGACUGAGGCCUACAAAGAGUAUCCUGCCACUGCAGUAACAUCAGAUGAUACUGUCUAUCUACUGUCUAUACUAUCAUUGGUGAUAGCAGGACUCACCUGGCUGUGCUAGCAUCCCAUGGUUGGUUGAUGCUUAGCCUAGUUCCCUUGGUAACACUUGUUGUUUGACAGGAGCAUCUAGCAUUAUGGGAAUACUUUCAGAAAUCAUCUUACAUGGGACUAAAUUGGUAAACGUUUUAUUUUUGUGUAAUAAUUGAAAGGAUCUGGAUGGCUUUAUGAAAGCAUACUUUAUUUUUAUAUGACAAUUCAACCAUCUUAUGCUGGCAAAUGUCACUUUUUAUUUAUAAAUAUUGGUGCUUUGUUUUUUCUGUUACAUUGUUAGAGCUAAAUAAACCAUAGCUCACAUUAACUGCCAAGAUAAGAUAAGAUGUAACCAAGCACUAUAUACUGUAUAUAUAUUGGUAACAAGCAGCCAGGCCUUUAAAUGGAGGAACCUUUGAA